AUGUCCGCACCCAGUACCUCGUCAACACCUUCUCCAUCUUAUGCCGACGACUCACUCGGUCGCAACCUACGACCGCCAGUUCACAGCAUGGCGCUGGAGCUGACCUUUGUAAAUCAUUACGGCGACAGUGCGCCCAAACGUAGGCGACUCGCGAAAGCCUGCGAAACCUGCAGAGCUCGAAAGAAACGUUGCAUCCACUUCGCCAAUUCUGAAGACUCCGACAAAGACAAGAAUCACGACGAGACUGACUCCGCAGACGAACGAGCUGCGGCGAAUGGGUCUUCGAACGGCCACCUGCCGACACCGACAGAAUCCACUACAUCGAAUGCCCGGCAUUUUAUCAGCGAUCUCAACCCAGAGGCGACUUUCUUACAACGGCACCAGCCUGCUGCUCGCGCCAGCGACGACGACAUUGGCGUUUGGGUCGACCGCAGAGAGUACGAUGCACUCGUUCGACAGAAAAACAUCGCGAGAGACGAGGCGACCGAAGCGGCUGCAGGCGAGAUACGGCCUCCGGCGUCCGUUGUCAAAGCUCUGAUCGAUGUCUACUUUGCCAAGGUGCAUCCGAUUCUACCGUUACUAGACGAGGCCGGGUUUCGCGCCCAGUAUGGAAGGGGAGUGGUACCAGAUGCUUUGGUCCACGCGAUUUGCAUAGUUGCUGCGAAACAUUCAGAAGCUGCGCCGCAUCUUCGUCUGGAGGAGUCGCAACCUCCCAUGCUGGCCCGCGAUUUCUGUCGCAGGCUUCACAAAACAGUCAUCGCGGCCUUGCGAUUUCCCGGUCGAUACGAAAAGAUCACUCUGAUCCGGAUUCUUGCCUUGACCAGUCUACAUGCUGAAACAGCCGACGGUGCUGAAGAAGCCACCCUCUGCUUGGUUCAAGCUCUGCACUAUCUGCAGACCAUGGGAUGGCACCUUGGUCAACAGACUGGAGUACCAUCCAGUGAUGAAAUAAUGAUAAAGCGGGUAUUCUGGUGUCUUUGGUGCCUGGACCGGCUGAACAGUUGCAUUUACGGACGUCCCAUCACGAUGAGCGAUUGUGAUAUCGCCAUUGAGCCCUUCCAGCCUGGCGAGAGCGGGUUCCCCGCCUUUGAAGUCUGGGUGGCCAUCACUCACACGCUUAAUAAGGUGAUCAGUUUCUACCGGCCCGGUGUCCCUGUUGACUUGACCGGCUGGGAGGAUGAUUUUCCGUCCUUCGAAGAUGCCUUAGAUGAAGGCAAAGCGUAUAAUUUGGACCGGCCUACGAUGACUACGCUGCACUUGUACUAUCUUGUGGUCGCCGUGUUGUCUCACCGGUCGAGAGGUGUCAAGUACGUAAGACGCUCGACGCCGUCUUACGUUCGCCAGAGCCUGGCUUCAAUUGAGAUCAAUCGAUUGAUGAGCUCCAACCUGUUGCAGACACUGUUGCCAAUGCCUUUCCUGUCAUAUGGAAUCUCACUUGCGAUGUCAGUAUCUUACCAGCACUUACGUCAAUCACAACUCCAGCACCAGCAAGAGGAUGCCCGUCAGGACUUCAAAGUCUGCUGCCAGAUACUGCAGAAGUUGCGACGAACUUGGUCUGCUGCGGAUGUGAUUGCGACUAUCGCGAAGAAAGUGCUCGAUCAGCUGGAGAAAGCAUCGGAUCUAUCAGUGUUUCGCAUUGCAGCAGGGAGCGAAGAAGGCAGGAACAGCCCACAUGUCUGUACUGCAAGCUUCUGGAAACCUCACACACUCGUUGAUCACCCGGCUGCAGACGAUCCCAACGCAGAUGGGGCUGGUGCAGAAGUUGCCGCACCUAAUGCUCAGCAACAGUCGACUGAAGCUGAUUGGCAUGGACUUUUCGAAGGCAUGGACGAUGUAUUUGGCACAUACUUGGAUCCGAAUUACCCCGUCAAUCUUGACGACUUCUCGUUCGUGGACGACCUUAGUCCGCUGGAUUGGAACAUCCCAUCGACUUGA